GGCGAUCGCGUCUUCAGAUUAGCCAUGCAAAAUGCAAAUGUCAAAGUGAAAUUAGAAAUUAUUCUCAGAAAUCAACGAAGAACUCAAACUGAUUUAUUUUAUCCGGUGUGAGGAUUAUUGUAGGACAAAUUAAACGGAAUAAAUGCACAAAUUGAUCCAUUCAUUCGUCAUAGUGCGCGAACCCGUCAAACGAUUCAUCUCGAACUACACUCAGGCUGUAUCCAAAAAGCCCGAGAUGAAGACUUCGAGCAGCUGGUCUUCCUGUAAACCCCAUCGACAGCAUUCUGACAUGUCCUGGGAGCCCUUCAAGCUAGGAAUGUACAUUCGUACCGAAAAGACGAAGAAGAAGAAGCUAGGGAUGUACUCGCGCUGCCUCACUCAGUCAAUUUAAACGGAAUAAAUGCACAAACUGCACAAAAUGUUUUAUUAGGUUAUGUUGGUGGUGCUGGUCGAGUCUUUAUUACUAAAAUCUCAUUAAAAUGCCAUGUUCUACUGCUAUUAGAUGAAAAAGCGAGGGCCCGCUUUUCUUAUUGUGUGAUGAUAAGAUUUACCAUCAAAAGAGCUGGCGCUUUUGAAGAGAACCUUUUAAUGAACCAUUUAGAUAACUACAAAUAACAAAACUUAACAAUUGUUGAUGAAUGAAGUAAUGAAAUAUUGUACGAAUCUGGAGAAGUAUUGCACUAUUUUCAAGAAUUGCUCAAAAAGACUGCUCUCAGCAGCCGUACACGCGUCUCUGUUUGUAUAGCUCGUAUUGUUCGAAUACAGAUGCUCGUGAAGAAAUCUCCAAAGAACAAAUUGCCAGGGGUUUAGAUCUGGCGAAUGCACAGGCCAAUGGGGCAGUGAAAACUUUCCAUUCCAAUAUUGCGGGAAAAUACUGGUUCAAAUAAACAACAUUUGUGCGAGUUGUAUGGCUGGAGAUUUGAUCCUGCAUGUAAAAGAUCUGCUGCAGAUGCCGCACCCUUCGAAUCCUAGGAAGUAUUUGCUGAUAUUGUCCUACUUCUGAGCAUUCAAUCCAGAUUCGAUGAAAAAAGGUGCAAUGACAUGAUGUCCUAGAAGCCCCAGUCACACAUUGACAGUUGCACGCCAUUGAUAACGAUGGUCAUCGACCACGUGAGGAUUGUGUAUUGCUCAAAUUUGAUCGUUCUGACGAUUAUAACUUCCCUUAAGACCAAAUGAACAUUCGUCAGUAAAACAAAUGUUCCUCAAAAACUCUCCAUCAGCCUAGAUUUUCUCAAGCGUUCCUUCGUAAAACUCCAUAUAUCCCUAAAAGACGUCGUGCCCACCUGAUAAGAAUCAGAGCCAGUGAAUUGUUUCUACCACGGAUCGUACAAGAGCUUGAGAUAAUCUGAUUGGUGCCAAUGACACGGCAUCCCUUACAACAGUUACAAAUUAGUAAAAGUUCUUAAAUGCAUAAUUCAAAUUGUGGCGCCAAACAUGCACCUGUUAACACCACCUGAUUUUAUGUAAUUUUUAUUAUCUUUGAAAAUAAAUGUAACUUUGUUUUGUGAAA